AUGAGCUGGAACCUGCUUGAGCGUUUCAUCGAGUCCGAGCACUUCAACAAAGACCCAUCCCUCACCGUCGCCUACCUUGCGUGAGCCCGCCUAUACCAUCCUCCCCACGAACACUCAGAGAGACAUGCUGACGCCUGCGCAGUCGGUACGCCGAGCAUGUCGGCAUUCACUAUGUGCUCUGCUCGAAGUUGCGCGGCUUCAGCUACGAGGAGAUCGAAUUCUUCCUCCCGCAGCUCUGCCACCUGGUCAUUUCCAUCGACAAUGAGUCCAUGGCGCUGGAGGAGUUCUUGAUUGACCUAUGCGAAGAGUCCGUCAACGGCGCACUACUGGUGGGUCUAACAAUGCAACAGAACGCCAGCACUAGCUAAUGAGCAGUUCUAGACCUUCUGGCUCUUCCAGACCUACCUACAUGAUUUAGGGAACGUACCAGCUUCGAAUGCCUUCCAAACAUGUCGUCGAAUAUACAAUCGAGUCCAGCGGAUAGUGUUUGGUAGCGGAGAGCCUUUGCGAAGAGAGCGAAUACAAGAGAACGUGCUCCCAGUGACGGUCUUGUCGAGCCUGCUAGUGGCUAGUAUUGGGCUACCUUUGCUGCCACAAUAUGCCGGGCCCUUGGCUAUCGCACAAGCAAGAAGACCACGCCCGAUUGAAGACAUGAUAUCGGACACCCCUAUCGCUGUGCAGCAACUGGGCAGAAGCGCCACGGUAUCGGGAGCGAGUAGUGCUUCGAAGCGGACACGACCAGUAUCUGGAGAUCCGAGGGAACGGGUGCGGCGCAAAUCUAGGAAACCGCAGGACAUCCAAACAAACGGAGCUAAGCUAUCGGCCUCCCAACCAGGCACGCCGGCACUUUCGACUCCAGAUGCCCGCAAACUGUCUCCUCAUCACCGCGGUCACUCACUAGCUGUUUCUAAAAGCAGCGAGGCUCUCGUGAAUCCUUCAUCCACGGCGAACAUCCAAAGGAAGUCAGGCGUACCGGCAGCGAGCUUACCUACCUCACCUGGAGUUCCACGGCGCCUUAUUGAAGGGGAACUUCCACGUCGGCACUCGCAAACCACACGUCCCUCCCUACCCUUGGCCAUGCCGAGAAGCCAAAAGAUUCGGACAUUGCGGCAGAACUACUUCCGCAACCAGUCGCAGUUCCUCACAGCUCUCGAGGGCAUAUCGAACAGACUAGUCUCGGUUCCAAAGCCUGCUAGGCUGAGUGCACUCCGCGCGGAAUUGGGCCUCAUUGCACAGGAUCUCCCUUCAGAAGUUGACAUACCUCUCAUCUGUCCUGCCACUCUGGUUGAUGGCUCUGCGAGUAGAAGCCGUCAUCACCGCAUCGUCAGGCUCAACCCAGCUGAGGCAACGAGUCUCAACAGCGCUGAAAAGGUGCCAUACCUCCUCAUGCUAGAGGUACUUCGCGAAGACUUUGACUUCGAUCCAAAUAGCCAGCAAAAUCAAGAGCUCCUAGCAAAACUUUCAUCAGAGAGAGGGUUGCCAAAGCGGCGGCUUUUCGAUACGACUGAUGCUGCCCGGGAAGCGGCUAUCCAAGCUCCUUAUGGCGAGGGCCAAUCCGACAGCGUUCUAGAGCCUACGAAUGGAGAUCUUUCAAGUGCAUCGCUCUUACAGGACCUCGAUGAUAUCACCAAGAAUUCGAAAGGUAGUCCGCGAACUCGACCUCAGCAUAGCGGCAAGGAGCCUCCUCGAUUGUCGAGCGGCGUGAGCACCAUAUCUACGGUAGCGAGCUUACCAACUCCGCGCGACUCGGAAUCGCUAUCCAGUAAACCGAACGGAUCGCCAUACCUCCGACCUCAAAAUUCAAACCAAGCCGAUGUCUCAGCGCUCGCUGACCACAUGCGGACAGCAUCGCAAAUGCUCGCACAGCUUGAGCUGAGCGCAGCGAAACGACCAAAAGCUGAAGUAGCUGCUAUCAGAACGAGGAUCAUUGCGAGCAUGCAGUCUCUGGAGGAGCAAAGUUUCCUUGCAGAGGACAUACAAGCGCCUAGCUUUGAGACAAUCAUGGCCAAAUCUGGACACACCGUGUCCGAAGAGACUGAGGAAGAGUCGGAGGCAAAUAUUGAAGGUCCAACCGACCCGAAGCUGAACACUGGCAAAGGUGCUGACCGAAUGGAGAACGAUGCCAUGACUGGAGGUAUCCAACGAAAGGGCGACCGGGAUGACCCAUCCGCGGCGACUUUUGGAGAAGCGUGGGAGCAGAAGAAGGAGCGCAUCAGACGCUCUUCGCCUUACGGUUGGAUCAAGCACUGGGACCUCGUCUCCGUCAUCGUAAAGACCGGCGGCGACCUUAGGCAAGAAGCAUUUGCCUGCCAGAUGAUUGCUGUCUGCUCCAAGAUCUUCGCGGAACACAAUGUUAACGUGUGGGUAAAAAACAUGCGGAUUCUCGUGACUGGCGAGACGUCAGGCCUCAUCGAAACCAUUACCAAUGCAGUCUCGUUGCACUCUUUAAAACGGUCGUUGACACUUGCCUCGAUCGCCACGGGUGCGAAUCCAAAGAAAAGAAUUGCUACCCUGCAAGAUCACUACAUCAAGACCUUUGGCGACGCGGAAUCAACUGCGUACAGACGAGCAAUCGACUGCUUCGUCCGCAGUCUCGCGGCAUACAGCAUCAUCAGCUACGUCUUGCAGCUCAAAGAUCGACACAACGGCAACAUCUUGAUCGACUCGGAUGGCCACGUCAUUCACAUCGAUUUUGGCUUCAUGCUGUCCAAUUCGCCUGGUAAUAUGGGCUUCGAAGCUGCACCCUUCAAGUUGACGUUCGAAUACGUCGAGCUUCUCGGCGGCCAAGAAGGUGAGGCGUUUGUUCAGUUUAAAGAACUGAUGAAAGAUGCUUUCCAAGCCCUGCGCCGUGAAGCCGAACGCAUCGUUACGCUUGUCGAACUCAUGGGUCGAGAGAGCAAGAUGCCUUGUUACGGCGGCGGUGUGAUGAAUGUCGUGUCGGCGUUGCGAGCAAGGUUCGUUCUGGAGAAGAGUAAAGAAGAAGCACGAGAUUUUGUGGAGGAAUUGGUUGCGAAGAGUGUUGGAAGUUACUACACCAGGCUUUAUGAUACGUUCCAGUACCGGACGCAAGGAAUUUACUGA